AUGAAAGCUUUAAUUAUUCUUUCACUUCUUGCGUAUUCAUCAUACGCAGGAUAUGUCCUGGUGAUGAACGACACUUUUACAGACUUAAGCAAUUGAAUUGCAGACGUUAUGCCAGGCUCGGCCUCAGGAAACAGCGAAUGGGAAUAUUAUACCGAUUCUCCAAACAAUGUCUUUACAACUCAAAUAAAUGGGCAGAAUGCUUUAGUCCUCAGAGCUCUUGCACAAAAUUAUGAAGGCUAUAAUUACACUUCAGGAAAAGUGCACUCAGUCCGUCCUUGGGGGCCAUAUGGAUUUUUCAAUAUAAAAGCUGUUGUCCCGAAAGGCAAUGGGUUAUGGCCAGCAAUUUGGCUUUUACCACCAAAUGCUCAAACCAUAUAUGGGACUUGGCCAGCAUGUGGAGAAAUUGAUAUCAUGGAAACUGUCUGCACAAACAGCUCAGGGUAUUCAACCAUACAUUUCGGAGGAGAGUGGCCAAAUGGAGCCCAAUGGCCUAAUAAUGGCUACAAUAUGUGGUCUUUUCUUCCUAAUUGGAAUAUUCAGCAUUGGUAUGGACUUGAUUGGCAGCCUAAUUAUAUAAAUUUUUGGCUAGAUGCACAAAUGAUUAAUGGGAAGAUUACAGGUGGACAAUUAUUAUUUAAUAUUCCAUCAAGUAGGUGGUAUGCACUUAAUAGCAAUGGGCAAAGAUAUCCAGGCAAUGCGCCUUUUAACCAGCCAUUCAAUAUUAUACUGAACGUGGCUGUAGGAGGAUUUUGGCCUUGCUGGGAAGGCUGCUGUCAAAAUCUUGCCAUCCCAGCACAGAUGGAAAUUUAUAAUGUUCAGAUAUGGCACAAUUCGCAGAGUGAAGAAUAA